AUGAGAUCGAAAAAAACCUCGCGCUAUAAAUCUUAGCACCCUGAUUCAGACGAAGACGAUUACAUCUCAUAGUUCUUUCAAAGGUACGAGUAAAAGGUCCAUCCUGCCCUGAAUUUACUUUUCGCUGAGAAAGGCAGUGAGCUGAUCCUUAUAUACCUUGACAAUUACGAAGUACAAAAAAUCGGAAUGGUCAGUCAAGCAUGGUACAAUUAAGUCAAUUCGUAUACCCUCUUUACAACCAUAUUGAAGUCAAUGAAGGAAGUAGUUGAUGAGGAGAGCAAGGAGAAAGACACUAAGUAGGUUAAAAACAAGUAGAAGGAGAUUUUAGAUGAGAAUUAAGAGUUUACAUCCAGCAGGCAAAUAAGCGGAUUAAAAAGAGGAGGGUAGAGCAAAUUCUCAUAGAGAUUUAAUAUGAUGGGUACAAACCAACAAAUAUCUGAGAGAUAAAUGACGCCUAGCACUACAUCCUCUGAAGUCUCAGUAGACGAAAAUUAAUGGAUAAAGAGACCACCACUUUAAAGUAUAUACGAUCCAUCAAAGGCAGCAGAUCCUCUUGAUCUUUUCAAUAAGCUUUCUCAACGGGAAUUAGGAACAAUUCAUGACUAUAUAAAUCUAUGGAACAGAAAUAUUUAAACUUUGCUAGACAAAUUAAGGGAUACCAUUCCUGGUGAAGGAAUGAUUGGAGAAGUUCAUUAUUGGAGAGACAUGGCCAGAAUAUUAGAAGCUAUCAAUGGAGAACUAAAGUAGAAUUAUGUCGAGAUAAGUAUAUAAAUACUAGCGAAUUCAAAGGAUAAGAGUAUUAUUGAAUCGUUAGAAAAAUUCUCCAAAGAAAAGAACAGAGUAUUAGCUGGAGCAAAGGAAGCUCGAUGGAAUAAUAAAUAUAUGAAAGUCAUUGAAAAGCCAGUAUAAUCGAUUGAAAGAUCCUAGGAGCUCAAGGAAAUUCAGCUUGUUAUUGUAGUUCUACUCAAGAGUCUGAAAAAUAUAUAUGAAAAUUCUAACUUCUAUAAAGAAGCUAGGAUCAACUUUUGGAUUGUAAACUUGAUGAGAGAAAGUAAGGAAAUGUACUUUGGAGACGAAAAGAAGUAAAUAAAUGAGUAGUCAUAGAUGAAUUAAAGUUACUAUUCAAAGCAAGGUUUAGAUUUCUUGUAUUUUGCCAGACCUGGAACUGCCUAUGGGGCUCAAGCUUUUUAAAAUGCUAGUUUAGGAAUGACUCAAACAAUGUCUGGGUUUUAUGAUGGAAAGUCCUAAACUGUUAAACCAAUUGAGAUGAUUAAAUCUAAAAGCUAGAACAAUUAAAGCAGACUUGUGACAUAAAUGUGGUUUGAAAGAGCUCAAAAGAUUCUAAAUCAACUUGAACAUCUAUAAAAAUUAUUUGAAUUCUUCUCCUAUUCCUCCUUGAUUGCUAAUAGAAUUGCUUAGGAAUAUGUGCCUGAGUUGAGGAAUGAAAAAGAUAAAUUUUUAAGGCUAAAAAAGAAUGAAUUUAUCAAGGAGUUGAAGUAAUUCUUGGAGCUAUAUUCUGCUUAUUAGCUAGAAUAUGAUUACUUUGAUCAUAAAAACAUUACCACAUUCAGUUACUUCAUUGAAAAAUUUGAAACAAAAGCAUAGGAACUAGAAGGUAAGUUCAAUAGGAUCUGCAAUGGAUAGAUGGAAAAUGAGGAGACGAAAGAAGAUUAUAAUUAGAAAAAUAAUUCGAGAGAAAAACAAUCAAAGAGCUACCCCCUCUCAGGAGCAAUAGCAGUCUCAGGAAGAUAAGAUAAUGAAAAGAAUAGCAAAGUUAAAUAAAUCUAGCAGUAGGAAAAGCAUGCUGAUUUCUAAUAUGAGGACCCAGUCAAUAAUAAUAUUGAGGAUGAUCAAUUCGAAUCGCCUUUCAUGUGCUCAGCUUCAUGGAAGAUAUCAUGA